UUCUGAGCCGUGAACCGGAAACCGACCGGAUCGCACACCAUCGUUGCACCGGACUCGCCUUAUCAGUUCAGUUGCCACCACACGCACUAUAUAUACACUUCCCCUCUUUCUCGCCCCCUCAUCUGCCUCUCCAUAUCUGUUCCAUAAACUCCUAGCUCGGUUUCCUUCUUCCUUCUAUACGUUACUGUAGCACUACCGUAGUAUCGCCACCAUGCGCUCCUCCGCGCUCAUCGCGCUUCUUCCUCUCCUUGCCACUCUGGUUACUGCUCGUCCCCAUCAUCAUGAGCACAAGCACAGUGCAUCUAGAACUCGCAAGUCAUUAUCCUUUGGACCUGCUCAUUCUCAUGCCUCCUUCGAGGUUCUUGAUGAUGCUGUUCAUGCCAUCGAGCCACGUGGCCUCAUAGGCGAGCCUAUCGAUGUCAACCGAGUGGCUCAAACCUUCCUCGGAUCUCAGCUGGGUGCCCAGGAGGGCGAAGGAUUCUACAUCCGAGAAGACAGCUAUACCGAUGCCCGAACCGGCGUGACCCAUAUCUUCGCUCGUCAACUCCUCAAUGGUCUUGAAGUGUCUGAUGGCGAUAUCAACCUCAACAUUGACCGUGAUGGUCGAAUCAUAUCUUGGGGUAAUUCUUUCCACCCAGGAUCAGCCCCUAGCCUUUCCGACAUCCAUUCUUCCUCUUCAGGAGAAACUGAAAAGGUCUGCGCGACCCUUCACCAACAGCUUGACGAGCACAAGGCCCAUUUGGCUGAGCUGAAGGGUGAGACCGGCGUCUGGGGACUUGUUAAGUCAGCCGCACAAGUUGUCCUUGGUUCUUCCUUGCCUCAGGGUGAGGUUGACCACCACGAGAUCAAGAAGGUUCACAAGUCCAUGAGACACAUUGAAAACCACUUGCAUGCCGUGUGUCGCCAGUCCGCUGCCAGCACCCAGUCUAUGCUCUCACCGGUGGAAGCCCUUGUUUCUCUUCUUCCCCGUCUCUCUCCCAUUGAUGAUCUCGAGGACAUUUCACCUUUAGACCUAACCUGUACACCCCACCACACUCUCAAGCCCAAGCCCGCCUUUGCUGAACCUCCUACAGAGGUCAUUUCUGGCGCCGCUCUUUCCAAGGCUGGCGUUGUAUCUGAUGUCUCUGCUCGUCUCAUGUACACACAGGUCUCUGAGGGUGCUCCUCGCCUUGUCUGGAAAUAUGAGGUUGAGAUGAAGGACAGUUGGUACGAGGCUUAUGUGGAUGUCCUCUCUGGCGAGCUCAUUCGAGUGGUAGACUGGGCGAGUGACUUUGACAUUGAUGAACUCAGGGAGAAAAUUGAGAUGAUGAAGGGCGGCAAGCAGAAGCCUUUGCCCUCUCCUCCGAAGACGAUUAAGCCCUAUUCUUACCAAGUCUUCCCUUGGGGUAUCAAUGACCCUGUUUCCGGCAACUUGUCUGUGGUGACAGAGCCUUGGGACACAGUUGCCUCUCCUCUUGGGUGGCACACGUUCCCUACCUCCGCUAACCCCUGGGACGUCACUAUUCCUGGUCAGACUACGAAUCACAACUACACCGUUUUCAAUACUACCGUUGGUAACAACGCUUAUGCUCACGAAAACUGGGAAGGCCGCAAUAACUUCUUGCUCAACUCCCGACCUAUCAAUGACUCUCACAUUUUUGUGUACGACUAUGGGGAGCCGGAAGGCCUCGCUCCGAAGGAGUAUGUCGACAUGGUUGUCACUCAGCUCUUCUACACAGCGAAUAUGUACCACGAUCUUCUCUACCGUCUCGGUUUCGAUGAGAUCUCCGGUAACUUCCAGGCUUACAACUUCAGGCUCGGUGGCAAGGGUGGCGACCCUGUCGUCUGUAAUGCUCAGGACGGAAGCGGUUACAACAAUGCCAACUUUUUGACUCCUCCGGAUGGUCAGGCUCCUAGGAUGAGGAUGUACAUUUGGGACACUGCUACUCCUUAUCGAGAUGGUGACCUCGAGGCUGGUAUUGUCAUUCACGAGUACAGCCACGGUCUCUCAACUCGUUUGACUGGUGGCCCAGCCAACUCUGGAUGUCUCGGCUACGGUGAAGCCGGCGGAAUGGGCGAGGGAUGGGGUGAUGCUAUUGCUACCCUUGUCAGACAGGUUGAGGAGCAUAAGAACUUCGAGAACGGCACCGACGUUUUCUCUAUGGGCGCCUGGGCUGCCAACACUGACCGAGGUAUUAGAAACUACAAGUACUCUACCAAUUUUACGAUUAAUCCCUCUACGUACAAGACCUUAGACAAGCCUGGUUACUGGGGUGUUCACGCCAUUGGUGAGGUAUGGGCCGAGUUCCUCUUCGUCUUGUCUCAGCGUCUCGUUGAAAAGUACGGUUUUGGCACCACUCUUUUCCCUCCUACCGAUACUUCGAAGCCCAACGACUACUACACCAGGACUUCCGAAGAGUCGAUUGAUGCGGGUGGUCGAUCCCUUCCUCUUGUCCCGAAACACGGUAAUACCCUUGCCAUUCAGCUCAUCGUUGACGCCAUGAAGCUUCAGCCCUGUAGGCCAUCGUUCUUCGAUGCCCGUAAUGCAAUCAUACAGGCCGACCAAAUCUUGACUGGCGGUGAGAAUGCCUGUUUGAUCUGGGAGGCCUUUGCCGAACGUGGUUUGGGUGAGGAUGCGGCUGUUGUUGGCCAGACUCCCUGGGGUGGUGGUGUUAGGAGCGACGGUUUCAGGGUCCCCAAGAAGGUCUGCGGGUCCAAAAAGGCUUGAAAAUGCUGUAUUCUGAUCUAGAAUUUACCCCGUUCUACCAAAGCUAGAAUCUGUACUUUGAAUUUUGUACGAUAGCAUGUGUAUGAUCUUUUUAUGUUCUGCCAUUGAUCAUCUUGCAGAUUGAUCGUUGUAGUCGAAUAGAUCUUUGUUGGAGCGGAUUCUUAAAUAUAUGCAACGAUAUACCGCGAGAAAGAAAAG